AUGGAUGAUACCGUCAAGUUUGGUGUGCGAAUGAAGCAAGGCGAACGUGUUACUAAUUAUCAUCACUACAAGGUCGAGGUUUACUGUCAGGUUCUUGAUUUACUUAUUCAAGAGAUGGAAAAUCGUUUCCCAGAAACGAAUACAAAAUUGCUUAUUUGCAUGAAUUGUCUUAGUCCAAGAAACUCCUUUGCUAGCUUCAAUGUCGAAAAGUUGGUCCGUCUUGCAGAACUUUAUCCUGAUGACUUCUGUGAUAUAGUUGAUAAAGUCGAGAAUAUUGAAGAUUUGGGAAAUCUAGCAAAGAUUUUGGUUGCUACCACAAGAGAUGAGGCUUUUCCCUUGGUGUACCGUUUGAUUGAGUUGGAUAUGAUCCUUCCUAUUGCGACAGCUUCUGUCGAGAGAUUAUUUUCUUCGAUGAAACUUAUCAAGACUGCUUUGAGAAAUAGAAUGGGAGACAGUUGGAUGAAUGAUAUCUUAGUUGUAUAUACUGAGAGGGAAAUUUUUAACAAAAUUGGAAAAGAGGAUAUACUUCGACGGUUUCAAGAAAUGGCGACACGUCGAAAACAGUUAUCAUCUAGAGUCUCAUAA